AUGUCCAGCGAUGAAGAACGGUUCUCUAUGAACGACCAUCACGAACAACGAGGCUUAAUCGCGAAGCGCUGGAUCGUGAUGAGCGCCAUUGGCUUAUUCUUCUUCGCGUUAGUCCUCACUCCUAUUCUCUACCUCUGCGCUUGCGUCCGUCACCAGGAAAGGCGUAGGGCCAUGAUCUUUCACCGCAGGACCAUCCCAGCCACACAAACCCAAGCCCACCAGCAGCCACCACCCACGAACGGUAUCGAACCAUCAGUCAUCGCUGCACUCCCAAUAUCCGUCUACAAACAAGCCGACCGCCUUGAUGAUGCGGCUGUUGAAUGCGCUGUUUGCCUUAGUGCAUUAGAGGAAGGGGAGAUGGCUCGCCUCCUUCCUAACUGUAACCACACAUUCCAUGCGCAAUGCAUCGAUGUGUGGUUGCAUUUGCACUCAAACUGCCCGAUUUGUCGGACUGCGGCCGAUCCUCAACCCCUACUAGAUGUGGUCACCGAACCGGGGGCCGUCGGACGUGAACCAGCUCCACCUCUGGAUUUGUCCGACCGGAGGGCGUCGAUAGCAUCUGAUGGCAGGACGGACGUCAUGGGCUAG